UCCUUUCUUCUUUUUCCAACUUUUGCUUUCUCUUCCCUCCCAAUUUUCUCUCUCUAUCUCUCUCUCUUUUAUUUUGUUUUUUUGAUCAAUCUCUGACCUAAUUUUCUCUCUUCUUCUCCUUCUUCUGUUCUCCUCAUCAAUACCAUACCACCACUCAUCUUAAGCCUAGAUCUGUUUAUAGACUCCUUGUUUGACAAAAAAUAACACUGGAAAGUUUUGCCAUAGCUAGCAGCUGACAACGUACUAGAGAGGGAUCGAUCGCUGUGUUUUUUGAUUUGGUUAAACGUCUGAGAUCGAUAAAGAAAGGAAGGAAGAUGACUCCAGUGAACUUGGCGGGGCAGUUUGGUGACACGACAUACACGAAGGUGUUUGUUGGAGGGUUGGCUUGGGAGACUCAGAAAGAGACCAUGAAGAAAUAUUUCGAGCAAUUUGGUGACAUCUUGGAAGCUGUUGUCAUCACUGACAAAGCCACUGGAAGAUCUAAAGGCUAUGGAUUUGUGACUUUUCGUGAACCAGAAGCUGCUAUGAGAGCUUGUGUGGAUGCUGCUCCUGUAAUUGACGGAAGGAGAGCUAACUGCAACCUUGCUUCCUUGGGUGUCCAGAGAUCUAAGCCUUCAACUCCAAAGCAGCAUGGAGGAGCAGGAAGGAACUUUAGGGUAAUGAGUUCUUUCCAGACAGGAGGAGGAGGAGGAUUUGGAGGUGUGGGAUCAGCUUUUGCUUCAGCAGCAACCUUCCCUCAUUAUGCCAUCCAGCAAGGGAUACCUUAUACUAAUGUUUAUGGGUACUCUUCUUACUCGCCGGAUUACACAUACCCUACGAGCUACUACAAUGUGUACGGAGGAGCUGCGGCAGCACAGUACCCAGUUUAUGGAAGCGGACCUGCUGGAGGCAUGAUGACGGCUGCUGCUGCAGCAUUCUAUCCAUAUCUCCAGUACGGAGGAGCAGAAGGGACCGCCACCGCUGCUACUACCGGCGGCUACACUUCAGGGCAAGGCUAUGGUGCUGUCAACUACCCACCUCACAUGUUUCAGUAUUCUCCCAUUGCCUCAACUGGUGGCUACGCACAACACUAUGGAACACCCAUCUCUCUUGCUCCUUCGCCUGCAUUGCAAUCAGUGUGUUUUGCUGUGCCGCAGGCGUGAGCAUGGCUCUUCAAGCUCCGAUUCCUCAUCGCUAGAGACUAGCUAUGUCAAAACUUCCCACUGCUUCUUUAAGUCUCUCAUCAUCAAUCAAAAUCAUCCUUUGCCCUAACCAUGGUGCUCUCUAUCACACACGCACGCACGCACUCUUUCACUAACUAGAAACAAGUCCAACAAUGGCAUUUGGGCUUUUUCAAGGCCCCCCAUAGGGGCUUAAAAAUGUUCCUCCACAUUUGGAGAUCAAUCAUGCAUUCUCUGUUUUUCUCAAAAGUAUGGUUCCUUGAAGAGAACCAAGGAUGUUUAUCACCAACACAAGCUAUAGGAAAUAGCUGGGUUGGAGAAAUGGAAAAGAAAACUUAGCCCUGGAAAGGCUAAGCCAAAGAAUCAUCUUGUGAAAAUGCAGCCCAAGAAGGGCAAUGCAACAGUGAAAAAUUGGGGUUUCAAAAAUUGUAAAUUGGAAAUCACAGACAGGUAGCUCAUCAAUUAGAAGUUUAGUGCUAAUCACCUCUGGAUAAAGAGGAACAUUAGCAAUCUGGACAUUGGAUGUCCCAGCUUUUUUGUAUGGUAACAUCUAGCUAUAGUCUUAGGCUCUAGUAUUAAAAUAGGACCUGCAGUCAGUCAUAUCUUCAUAAAUGUUGUUUCAAUUUUCACAAAAAAGGGUUUAACCAACCAAUCAAUUAACCAAAUUCUCCCCUUUGGGUAAGGGGAGGGAAGAAUUAACUGCUGUUUUUCUUUACCUGUAAAUUCAUUGUGGCUAAACUAAGGAGUUUAAGCCCAAUUUACUAAUCUUAAGGAGGGAUAGUGUUUUACUUCCCCACUUAGCAUAUGUAGUAGUACAUUUCAUCAUCAUCAUCUUGAGGUCUGCAUCAAGCAUCAAAGGAUGUGGAACUCAAAACUCUUGCAUGUAACCCUGGGAGAUAUUUUGGUUCCCUUGGGUACUUCACUUGCUCACCAACCAUGGUUAGGACAUAGGUGAAUCUCAUCCCAUCAUCACUCUCUCUUUGUUCCCAUGUCCUUUCUUUCUCUCUGUGGCAACUUUUACAUUGAGAUGGACCUUGAUACUCUAUUAAUUAUAUGUUUAAAGCCUAUAUGUAUUCGGAACUUUGGAUUGUAAUUAGGAAUUACUCUAAAGUAGGAGCAUUUCAUUCUCUAUCCAUGUUGGAUGAGAAUGGAUUUGCUACUUAUUCUACUAUGUCUUUAAUUUGAUGUUAUGUUUGCUUCUUCAA